AUGUCAACCACAACUUCAACAACAAAUUCAACCACUCCAAAACCAAGCCCUACAAGUAUAAUACCUUCUCCUUCUUUACAAUCUCAAGCAUCAUUUCAACGACUGUCAAAUCGUUUAACUCCUCCUCCUCCAUCAAAUAAUACUAGUACCAAUAUGUCACCAACUAAUUCAAAUUCAUCAUCUCAAUCAAUGACUGAUUCACCAACUCUUGACCCUUAUUUAUCUCAAUAUAUCAAAUCUCCAAGUAUAAAUUCUUCCUUACAUAAUCAUAAAUUAUACUUUGAUUCUAUAAAUAAACAACGAAAAGUUCGACUGUUUGAAAUUUAUCAAAAAUAUCUUAAUAAUCAAAAUCAACAAAAUCAACAAAAUCAAAAUCAACAGAAUCAUAAUCAUAAAAAUCAUUAUAAUCAAAUCAAAAAGUAUCAAUUCCAAAAACAUCAACAAUAUAAAAUCAAUGAUUAUCAACAAUAUAUUCAAAAAUAUAGAGAUGAAUCUCAAAGAAAACAACCAGCUCCUUCUUCACCUUUAAUCAAUGAAAAUAAAUUGAAUCAAAAGGAAGUCAUAGAACCUGUACCAGUAACUAAGAUUCCAAGUCAACAAAUCCCUCAAAUACCAGUCAGUCAUAUCACUAAAUCUUUACCAUUGGAAUUCAUGGAUUGUCCCAUGGAUGAUCUUAUCAAUUUAAUCUCAAGAAUGUUACAAUCAUUAAUUCUUUUAAAUGAUAAAAGUGUUCCUAAUUCAAUUUCAAAACCUCAACCUUCAUCAACCACAUCUACGAAUAAUUUACUUACAAGAUAUCAUUCCAGAUCACCGCCACAAAUCUCAACUCAUACUUAUCUUACUCGUCUUACUAAAUUUAAUAAUUUCAAUCCCGCUACUCUAUUAACGACGAUUUAUUAUAUUGAUUUAUUAAGUCAUCAAUAUCAACCAUUCUUUACGUUGAAUUCAUGGACAGUUCAUAGAUUUUUAUUAGUAGCCACCAUGUUAGCUCAAAAAUCAAUGGAAGAUUUCUUUUAUACCAAUGAUCAUUAUGCCAAAGUUGGUGGGGUUGCCAUUGGUGAAUUGAAUUGUUUAGAAUUGGAUUUCUUAAAGAGAGUCGAAUGGAGAUGUGUUCCAUGUAAACCUACUGGUAGCAAUGAAGUUAAAAGUAAUGGUAAUUAUAGUGCUAUAAGGUAUUGUAAGGAUGUUUUGAAUUUAUAUUAUCAACAAUUAAUUGAAUUAAUGGGAAAGAAUCAUCAUAUGGACAAUGGAACUUUCUAUGUUAAACAUGGUAAAAAGAAUGAUAGUGUUAUUGAAGAUAAGUCUGAUGUUAAGACUUUGAAAGAUGAUGAAAAGAUGGAUAGUCCUGUCGAUGAAGAUGAUGAGGAAGAUGAUGAAGAGGAAGAUUAUGAUGAAGAGGAAGACUAUGAUGAUGAUGAAGAAGACGAAGGAGAGUAUGACGAUGAAGAAGACGAUGAAGAUGAAGAGGGAGACGAUGAAGAAGAAGACAAUGAUGAUGAUGAUAGUGAACAUACUGAAAAGGAGGAAACUCCAAAAUCAUAUCAACCAACUGUCUCAACCAAAACAAAAUUUGAUGCUAAUGGAUUUAGUGUCGAUGGAUCAUCAUCACCACAUUUAAAAAGAAGAUAUUCCGAGCAUAAUAUCGAAGAAAUAUAA